AUGACGAUCUGUACUUAUGACGCCCUUACGCUUGCAUCGGAUGCGGCCAUUGAGGAUCUGAUGAUACAAGCUAGAAAGCUUAGGUACGAUGUCAUCGGACUGGCCGAGAAGGGCGCCAAAAUUGGCCCCAGAAGAAUACCUGGAGAACUUCACAUCGGAACCAACGGCCUUCAAUGGAAUGAGCAGGGGGAGAGCCUUUCCGUGUUCAUCAUGACGACUAAGAUCAUCCAUGGCUGUGUGUAUAUAGGUCGGGAGAUCAACAUGAUGAACUACCUGACCUCCGAGCUGGGCAGAAGGAAAGGAGUGGCUUGGGGAGCAUUCAGUGGCAUCGAGGGUGUAGUGAAGACCGGGAACAUCCGGCUCCGUGUUCACACCACCGUUCUUCCUGCUCUGACCUACCCUUCAGAAACGUGA